CGUAUUAUUUGGAACUUUUCCUAUAUGUAUAUAUGAACUCAAAUCUUUGAAAGAUUAAUAACAUGGCGGUAUCUUGGACUACAUCUAAUUUUUCACCUCAACCUUUUUGGCAAAAUGGUCCAGCUCCAGGAUUAUUACAAGAUUUUUCUAGCAAAUUUCUCAAUUUUGAUACAAUUACUCGAUCACAGUCUCCAGUAACAACAGGAACAUCAGUUGUUGGAGUACAGUUUAAGGAUGGUGUAAUGGUUGCUGCGGAUGUUUUAGCAUCUUAUGGUUCUCUUGCUCGAUACCGAAAUGUCGAACGUGUUAUAAAAGUUAAUGAUAACAUCGUCUUAGGAUCUGGUGGUGAUUAUGCGGAUUAUCAAUACAUUCGCAUGAUUAUUGAACACAAAAUUCUUGAAGAACAUUGUUUAGAUGAUGAUUUUACUCUCAAACCAAAAUCUCUUCACUGCUGGUUAACUCGUGUUUUAUAUAAUCAGAGGUCGAAAUUUGAUCCUUUGUGGAAUAAUUUUCUUAUUGCUGGAUUAGAAGAUGGAAAGCCAUUUUUAGGAACUGUUGACAAACUUGGUACAGCAUAUGUUGAUCCAGUGAUUGCAACUGGAUAUGGUGCUUAUAUGGCAACACCUUUACUUCGAAAAGCCUGGGAAAAUAAUAAAGAAAUGACAGAAGAACAAGCGGCCGAAUUAAUUCAUAAAUGUAUGGAAGUUCUCUUUAUGAGAGAUGCUCGUUCUUUUCCAAGGUAUCAAUUGGGAGUAAUUACUAAGGAAAAAGGUGUAGAAAUACGUGGACCAUUUGACAAUAAAGGUCACUGGGAAGUUGCUAAAUUGGAGAAAGCAGUGGAGUAUCUAUAAAUAAAAAUAUACUCAAUAUGUAAUUUCAUCUAUUCAAAUAAUUACUCUACUUACAUAACCAUCAGUGUAAUAAAUAUUGCUAUUCUUUAAUAAAGAA